UCCUGCCGGUGCCUCGGAGCGGGUGCACAGACCCGGUCUCUGCAAAGCGGCUCGCGUGGGCUACUUGGAGUGAAAAGGGCCCCGUGGCCCUGAGUGCCCUGCUGGGGCUGCCUGCUGGUGCCCACUGUGCGGGCCUCUCGCUAAGGGAAUGGAGAUGCCAUGUGUCUGAGAGGCUUGAGCCAGAACAUCUGGAAAUAGCCAAGCCACAAGCCCCAGCUUUGACUGUGCUCUGAGCUGCCUCCAGCAUCCCAGAGCGAUUCAAGGGCUGGGAAUCCAGCUGGAGCUCGCUGGCCGUCACCCCUUCCCACUCCAAAGCCGCCUGGCAGCGUCUCCAGGGAACGUACCUGUGACCUCGGUGUCUCUGCAGAUCCCGCCCCAGAGGGUGCCUCUGAGAUGGAGCCAAGUGUUGGGGGCAGAGGAAUCCCAGAUGCUCCUGGCGCGGGCGCUGGGGGCUGGAACAUCAGAGAGGAGCAGAGCGACACGCCAGGAUCCUGGGCAGUGAAAGCAGAGAGCGCGUCCCAGAGCCUGGGCUGUGGGGAGCUCCUGGCCCCGGGGAGCGGCCGUGUCGGGGACGUGCUGCUGAUCUGCACUGAGUGCGGGGAGAGCUUCGGGCAUCACGAGGCCCUGAUCGCCCACCAGCGAGGCCACGCUGGGCAGGGGGCCGGGCUCUUCAGCUGCCCCCAGUGCCAGAAGGGCUUCAAGCACAGAGCCAGCCUGGUGGCGCACCAGCGCGUGCACACGGGCGAGCGCCCCUACGCCUGUGCCCAGUGUGGGAGGGGCUUCCGCUACAAGACCUGCCUGGUGGUGCACCAGCGCGCCCACUCCGGCCAGCGCCCCCACAAGUGCCUGCAGUGCGGCAGAGCCUUCCUACAGCGCGGGGACCUGCGUGCCCACCUGCGCACGCACACGGGCGAGCGCCCCUUUGCCUGCUCUGAGUGCGGCCUCCGCUUCCCGUCCCGCCGGAACCUCGCCUGUCACCAGCGCCAGCACCCGGACCUGGGCCCCCACCAGUGCCAGCAGUGCGGGCGCAGCUUCCGCCACAAGCGCAACUUGGUGCGGCACCAGCGCGGCCAUGCUGGCACCCAGCCCUACCGCUGCCCCGAGUGCGGGGACGGCUUCUGCUACAAACAGAGCUUGGUGGCCCACCAGCGGGAGCACGCCACCCCCCGGCCCUACCCCUGCCCCCAGUGCGGCACCAGCUUCCAGCACCAGGCCAACCUGGCCAUCCACCAGCAGAGCCACGCCCCCCCGGCCACCUACACCUGCCCACAGUGCCAGCAGAGCUUCAAGUACAAGGGCUACCUGCGCAUGCACCAGCGGAAGCACUCGGCCCCCGAGGCCGAGGGGCGGGAGCGCCAGGCCCUGCCCGGCGGCGGGAGGCUCUUUACCUGCGCCCAAUGUGGGAAAGGCUUCAAGAACAACGGCUUCCUCAUCAUCCACCAGCGAGCCCACGCGGCCGGGGCACGGAGCGCCAGCCCCACCUCUUGGGGUACCUAGCCCCUCUACCAGGCCUCGUGCCAUCAGCAAAGGGGCAGCGUUGCCAAGGGAGCUCUGAGCGUGGCCAGGAGGGGCCCAGCGUGCCGACAGGGCACAGUGUUAGAGGGAGGGGAGGGCCGGGCCCCUCAAACCCAGGGUGGCCAACUUGGGCUACUGGGCGUUGUCUGAGUGCUGGGAGAACGGCAGCUUUGGACUCAAAGCACGGCUGUGGUGCUGGCAGGCGAAGGGCUAGUGGGGUGUCUGAGCACAUGGGGUUUGCGGGUUCUGCUGCUGCCCUGCUGCCGGGUGCGUGUCCCAGCCCUGCCUGGUGCCCCCAAUUCUCUCUGGGCCCCUCGGCCCCGUUUGCCCUUCAGGGAAGAGGCUGCUGAGCUGGGCUGGGAAGUCCCUGGAUGUGGCCGCGGAGGGGGAGGGGGGCUGGCUGUCGUGCCACACGCCCAGCUGUGAGGGGCUUUGCCUCGGCACGGCCCCGGGGAGGCGGCUGCUGGAACGCGGAGUCCAGUGCUGGGGGCCGAAGAGCCCCGAGCGUGUGGGGCUGGAGGAGACACCUGCCCGGAGAGGCUCCAGAGCGGCGUCCGGCAGAGAACCAGCCGCUGGCGCAGCGCUGACGCCGCCCCCCUUCCAACUGAAAUAACAGCCCAUUCCCCCCAAACCCCACCCCCACAACAAGCUGCCCAGAUGUGGGAGGCCUGUGCCCUGGCUCAGAGCCUGCCCCCGUGGCCAGGGGAUGGGCAGGGGCCCUGGCCCCAGAGGUGUGGAGCUCCUGCAGGAGGGAGCUGUUAGUGGUUGCUGGAGCCCUGUGGCCAGACCCAGGCAUCCCCCUGGGCUCUGCUCCAGUACAGGGCCGGCUGCAUAGGUCGCCUUGCUGGAGCAGAGGCAGGGCCAGCCCGCCGUGGCUAAUCACAACCUCCCCGCUGAGGCUGGUGUUUCAGGGGCUGGUGCUUACCUGGGCCCCAGGCGAGCCAGCAAGUGCUCAGUAGGCUGAGAGCUGGGAGGCUCCUUCAGGAGCGUCUGGGCCAGGGGCCAGCCCCCAGCUUGGCUCCACUCGACCCCCAGGCUGAGGGGCUCCAGCGGCCAGAGCUGGGGGGAGAUCGGCCCCUGCAGCCCCGGGCUGGGGGAGGGACACGGCGGGUGUGUUUGGAGAGAUAAAGCUGAAGUGCUGCAGACAGGGCCUGGGAUCCGGCUGGUGCGUGUUCUGUGCUGCAGGCGCCGCUGAGCUCACUCACAGCGAAGUGAUCCCCCUGCCCUCUAGGCCUCCCCUCGCACCUGGGGCUCCUGGCCUAAUGCGCAGCCGCUGGGGUCCAGAGCGUCCCCUGGCCUGGGGCUGGGGUCCAGAGUGUCCCCCCCCCAUUCAACACACCUCGAGCUGUGCAGGGGGAGAAGCAGGAAGCCUGGGGCUGACCAGCUAUCCCAGCAGAGCCCGCGGGGCUCUGACCGCACCCCCCGUCUCCCAGUCCGAAGAGCUUUCUGGGCAGAGCCCGUAGCUCUGUGUGCCCCAAGAGUGCACUUGCCUUGACCUAUAGCUGUAUUUAUUGUAGGCAGAGCCGACAGCCUGGAUGCCCCACGGGGCCUGGCCGUCCCAUUGUAAAAGUGUCUGGUUCCCGUAGCUUAGAGCCUUACCAGGCUGCAGUUCCCCCGCUGGGUGUCUGCCUCACGCUGAACCCUAUUGGAAAGCUUCAGCAGCUGCUGCAGCCGUGUCCGAGCGGGGUCAGCGGAAAUGCGCCUGCUUGCCCCGGGGAGACUAUUCUGCUGGGUUGUUGGGAAGCUCCCUGCCUUGGCGCAGGGACUGGAGCCAGGGAUGUCCCUUUUGCUGUUCCCAUGGAAAGUCAGCAAGUGACAAGCCUGGAGCAGUUGUGGUUCACGUGCGCAGUAGAGGAUGGGCAAGGCCCAGAGCCAGCUCCAGGGAGGUGACUGGCUAAGCAUCGCGCACAACCGCUGAGACGGGCAGACGCCACUUCUCCAGGCAACAGUCAGCUGCCUUACCCAUGAACCCAUCCUCCCCCAAUCCCCGUCUCGUUCAAUGCGCACCUUCACCCUCCUGCAGCCAGUCCUGCCGAGCACAGCUGGGUUUGUCCCCACGGCCCUGGCCGUCCUGUGCCCCCAAGGAGGCGGGGACCUGUGGGAAGUACAGUGUGUGAUCCUAAUGCCGACCCCCAAGGGACCAAGGGAUGGCAGGAAAGCUUCACUCUGGCAUCUCCUAACUUCAGGGCUGGGCUUUCACACCCUCAUGCUCUUCCGAUGUAUUUAUUAAAUAAUGUUAAAUCCCCUCCAGCUGCCCAUCCAUGGCCAGCGUGUGACUGGGUUGGGUGUGGGGGUGUCACGUCUUUACACAAUGCGCACGCGGGCUGUGGAACUCACUGCCACAAGGCAUUGGGGAGAGCCAGCACCUAGCAGGACUCAAAAGGGGGCUGGGCAUUUCCCUGGGGAGUGAGAACAUGGUGCUUGGAGAGGAAGGGAGCUGGGAGAAAGACUGCUGCUCUGGGGCUGAGCCUGCCUCUCCCAGCAGGGCCAGGGACUGCACUGGGGCUGCCGUCACCCUUGGCUAGUGAGAAUGGGGAGGGAUGCAGAUCCCGGAAAAAGGCUGAAGUGACCAGGCGCGGCACAGCAAGGUCCCACAGCAGAGUCGGUCUCUUCCUGGCAGAUCCAAGUCCACGUCCGAUGGGCAGAGCUCAGCACGACUGUUGUAUUCCUUUCGCUGGAAUAAAAGCCCCUAGUCGCAA